CCACUCGCGUCAACUCCGCCGUACGCCCGCACUCCCACGCGGCCUAAGCAACCUCCUCCUCCUCCUCAAAUCCACCGCCCCAACCCCGGCUCAGCCUCGCCUCCUCCUCCCGCUCCUCCCACCUCCCCGGACCCGCACCCGGAGGCUAUGGGCGGUUCCUCCUCCAGCCGCCGGCGGCGGGACGACUACUACCCGCCCCCGCCGCCGCCCCUACACCACUACUCCAACUACCCGCCGCCCCCGCCGCCGCCGCCGCACCACCCCCAACACCACCACCCGCCUCCCCCGCCGCCGCACCACCACCACCCCCACCACCCGCCUCCCCCGCCGCCGCCGCACCACGGGCCCUCCUCCUCCGCCGCCGCGUACUACUACAACCACCACCACCCGCCGCCCCCGCACGCGUACCACGGCCCGUGGCACCCCGCGCCCCAGCCGCCGCCGUCGCAGAUGCCCGCGCUCACCGGGCCCCCGCCCGAGUUCGUCGGCCACCAGCAGGCGCUCAAGGUGAAGAACGACAUCAACCUGCGCAAGGACACCAUCCGCCUCGUGCCCGACGCCGCCGACCCUGACCGCCGCCUCGUCUCCUUCACCUUCGACGCGGUCACCGACGGCAGUUUAGUUAUACAUUACUUUGCCAAGGAAGGAAAAGAUUGCAAUUUUUCUUCAGUGUACCCAGACUUGCAGACACCAACAAAGAUACCUUUCCAAAAAGGAUUGGCUCAAAAUUAUGUCCAGCCCUCUGGAUCUGGAAUUGAUCUGGGUUUCUUUUCUCUGGAUGAGCUUUCAAAUCCUUCAGAGGAAGUAUACCCACUGGUAGUUUAUGCGGAAGCUUCUCCAUCUCCAGAGGAAGGUGGUCAAACAGUAAACCCCACACGGGCACAAAUUACACUUGCUGUUAUAGAGAAACAUAACGACGAUCUUCAAGUCAAAGUUGUCAAGCAAAUAUUGUGGAUUAAUGGUGUGCGCUAUGAGCUGAAAGAAAUAUAUGGGAUUGUCAACUCCACGGAAGCUGAUGUUCCUGAUGCUGAUGAUGAUGGCAUGGGGAAAGAAUGUGUUAUCUGCCUGACAGAGCCAAGGGACACUGCUGUUUUUCCUUGCAGGCAUUUGUGUAUGUGCAGUGAAUGUGCACAAGCUCUAAGGCUCCAAUCAAAUAAAUGCCCCAUAUGCAGACAGCCUGUUGAGAAACUAAUGGAGAUCAAAGUUAGGAGUGCUGAGCCAUAGGAAGAGUAUGCUGGGAAAUACCUUUGUUUCCUUCAAUUUGGUGGAUCUGAACUCGAAACUAUAUAUUAGGGGUGGAUCUUUUACUGUGCCAGUUAGGGGGUCAGAAGGGCUUGACAAAGCAAAUUACUUGUUUGCUCUCCAUGCUGAGGAUGUGUGAAUAAUAAGCUGAAAUGAUGGUGUAUGGGGCUUCAUCAGCUCCCUGAGUUUCUUUGUGUUUCUGCUUAGCGGGCAAAGUCUUUGGAGAAUUACGAGUAUGAAUUGUACAGUACAAAUGUAAAGCUGUGGCGGAGAUUGGGCAUACCCAAACAUGUAAAAGCAUCUAAAGCCUGUGAAUCCGUGUACAUAUUGGUGUGGAUUUUUUGCUGCUACUACUUGUGUCGGCAACCUGUUUUGAUCACAUGCACUUAUUAUUUAUC